GGGUCUUAAAGGCUGAGUCAGGCGCGACCCGGCCAGAACCUCGAGCCACCGCCAAUUUAGGAGAGAUACGUACGUCCGUGGAGUGCGCCUGCGUAGCGGUGGAAGCCGCAGGUCAGCGACCCAGUUCGGGGCCGAGGCGGGUUUUUGAAACAUGAAACCUUCACUCUUCCUGACCGCCCUUUGCUUGGGAAUAGCCUCAGCUGCUCCAAAACUUGAUCAAAAUUUAGAUGCAGACUGGUACAAGUGGAAGGCAACACACAGGAGACUCUAUGGCAUGAAUGAAGAAGGAUGGCGGAGAGCCGUAUGGGAGAAGAAUAUGAAAAUGAUUGAACUGCACAAUCAGGAAUACAGCCAAGGGAAACAUGGCUUCAGCAUGGCCAUGAAUGCCUUUGGUGACAUGACCAAUGAAGAAUUCAGGCAGGUGAUGAAUGGCUUUCAAAACCAGAAGCACAAGAAGGGGAAAGUGUUCCACGAAUCUCUUGUUCUUGAGGUCCCCAAAUCGGUAGAUUGGAGAGAAAAAGGCUAUGUCACUGCUGUGAAGAAUCAGGGUCAGUGUGGUUCUUGUUGGGCUUUUAGUGCCACCGGCGCCCUUGAAGGACAGAUGUUCCGGAAAACCGGCAAACUUGUUUCACUGAGUGAGCAGAACCUGGUGGACUGUUCUCGGCCUCAAGGCAAUCAGGGCUGCAAUGGUGGCCUAAUGGAUAAUGCCUUCCAGUACGUGAAGGACAAUGGAGGCCUGGACACAGAGGAAUCCUAUCCGUACCUUGGAAGGGAAACAAACAGCUGUACCUAUAAGCCCGAGUGUUCUGCUGCCAACGACACCGGCUUCGUGGACAUCCCUCAGCGGGAGAAGGCCCUUAUGAAGGCAGUCGCAACUGUGGGGCCCAUCUCUGUUGCUAUUGAUGCGGGCCAUUCAUCUUUCCAGUUCUAUAAGUCAGGCAUUUAUUAUGAUCCAGACUGCAGCAGCAAAGACCUGGAUCAUGGUGUUUUGGUGGUUGGCUAUGGCUUUGAAGGAACUGAUUCAAACAGCAGUAAAUUUUGGAUUGUCAAGAACAGUUGGGGUCCAGAAUGGGGCUGGAACGGCUACGUAAAAAUGGCCAAAGACCAGAACAACCACUGUGGAAUUUCCACAGCAGCCAGCUAUCCCACCGUGUGAGCUGACGGAUGGUGAGAAUAGAGGACCUGAGGACAGCAUAUCUGGAGGAAUUUUAUCUUAAAACUGACCAAACCCUUAUUGUGUAAGAUAAGACACUUGAAUCAUUGAGGAUCCAAGUUGUGACUUGAAUUCUGUGACAUUUUUAUAAGGGUAAAAUGUUACCACUACUUUAAUUACUUGUUAUAAAUAGCUUUAUAAUGUUGAAGAUUCAUUGCUUAACUCUAAGACUUUUGAAUUUUCAUUUUUUUAAAGGAUGUAUAAAACUUUACCUUUUAAAAUAAAUUUGAAUUCAGUACAUAA